AUGGCUGAGCAAUUGAUUCUCAAGGGCACCCUUGAGGGCCACAACGGCUGGGUCACCUCGCUGGCCACCUCCAUCGAGAACCCCAACAUGCUCCUCUCGGGCAGCCGUGACAAGACUCUCAUCAUUUGGAACCUCACCCGCGACGAGACCCAAUACGGAUACCCCAAGCGAAGCCUCCACGGCCACUCCCACAUCGUCUCUGACUGUGUUAUCUCCUCCGAUGGUGCUUAUGCCCUCUCUGCCUCGUGGGACAAGACCCUCCGCCUCUGGGAGCUCGCCACUGGUACCACCACCCGCCGGUUCGUCGGCCACACCAGCGACGUCCUCUCCGUCUCUUUCUCCGCCGACAACCGCCAGAUCGUCUCUGGUGCGCGCGACCGCACCAUCAAGCUCUGGAACACCCUCGGUGACUGCAAGUACACCAUCACCGACAAGGGCCACACCGACUGGGUCUCUUGCGUCCGAUUCAGCCCCAACCCCCAGAACCCCGUGAUUGUCUCCUCCGGCUGGGACAAGCUCGUCAAGGUUUGGGAGCUCUCCACCUGCAAGCUCCAGACCGACCACAUUGGCCACACGGGCUACAUCAACACGGUCACCAUCUCCCCCGAUGGCUCCCUCUGCGCCUCCGGUGGCAAGGACGGCACUACCAUGCUUUGGGAUCUUAACGAGUCCAAGCACCUCUACUCCCUCAACGCCAACGAUGAGAUCCACGCUCUCGUCUUCUCCCCCAACCGCUACUGGCUCUGCGCUGCCACUGCCAGCAGCAUCAUCAUCUUCGACCUCGAGAAGAAGAGCAAGGUCGAUGAGCUCAAGCCCGAGUUCACCGCCGUUGGCAAGAAGAGCCGCGAGCCUGAGUGUGUCAGCCUUGCGUGGAGCGCCGAUGGCCAGACCCUCUUCGCCGGUUACACGGACAACAUCAUCCGCGCUUGGGGUGUCAUGUCCAGGGCGUAA